GCUGUCCGCCUGUCAAUAAAGCUUGAACAAGCGCCGCGCCGGGGCCGCCGUUUUCGUUUGGGUUUUUUUUUUUUUUUUUUAAUUGUGGGAUUUUCUCAUUUUUCUUUUUUUUUUUCCCUUCCCCCCACCCCCCUUUUUUUUUUUUUUUUUUCUUUGAAGGAACUUUAUUUUCCCCCGCGCGCACGGGGAUGCGCUGAGGCCGCUCCGCCCGGCCCGGCCCGGCCUCGGCAUGUCGGGCAGCCGCCCGCCGCACCCCGCCGUGCCGCCCGCCGCCACACCGGCCUCCUCUUCCUCCUCUUCCUCGUCAUCCUCAUCCUCCUCCUCCUCCUCCUCCUCGGCGGCCAUGGCCCCCGGCUCGUCCUCCUCGGGCGGCGCAGCGGCGCGGCCCGUGCUGGUGGCGGCGGCUGUGUCGGGGUCGGGCGCGGGGCUGGCCCGGCUGGCGGCGGGGGCGGCGCGGCCCGGCGGCUCCUCCGCGGCGCCGGGGGGCGGCGGCAGGAAGAGGCCGCUGCUCACCCCGCUCUGUAACGGGCUCAUUAACUCCUACGAGGACAAGAGCAACGACUUCGUGUGCCCCAUCUGUUUUGAUAUGAUUGAAGAAGCCUACAUGACGAAAUGUGGACACAGCUUCUGUUAUAAAUGUAUUCACCAGAGCCUGGAGGACAAUAACAGAUGUCCCAAAUGCAACUAUGUUGUGGACAACAUAGAUCAUCUUUAUCCCAAUUUCUUAGUUAAUGAAUUAAUUCUUAAACAGAAGCAAAGAUCUGAGGAGAAAAGACUCAAACUGGACCAUUCAGUGAGUAGCACCAAUGGCCACAGGUGGCAGAUAAUUCAAGAUUUGUUGGGAACUGAUCAAGACAAUCUUGACUUAGCCAAUGUCAACCUGAUGCUGGAGCUGCUGGUGCAAAAGAAGAAGCAGUUGGAAGCAGAGUCCCAUGCUGCCCAAUUGCAGAUCCUGAUGGAAUUCCUUAAAGUUGCCAGGAGAAACAAACGAGAGCAAUUGGAGCAGAUCCAGAAGGAGCUAAGUGUUCUGGAAGAAGAUAUUAAACGUGUAGAGGAGAUGAGUGGCCUGUACUCCCCAGUCAGUGAGGACAGCACAGUGCCACAGUUUGAGGCUCCCUCACCUUCACACAGUAGUAUUAUUGACUCCACCGAGUAUAGCCAGCCUCCAGGCUUCAGUGGCAGUUCUCAGACCAAAAAGCAGCCGUGGUAUAACAGCACGCUGGCCUCGCGACGCAAGCGCCUCACAGCCCAUUUUGAGGACCUGGAGCAGUGCUAUUUCUCCACUAGGAUGACUCGUGUCUCGGAUGACAGCAGAACCACCAGCCAGCUGGAUGAGUUUCAGGAAUGUCUGUCCAAGUUCACACGCUACAAUUCUGUCCGACCGCUGGCAACGCUGUCCUACGCCAGUGACCUCUACAAUGGCUCCAGCAUAGUGUCCAGUAUUGAGUUUGACCGAGACUGUGACUACUUUGCCAUCGCUGGAGUGACAAAGAAGAUUAAAGUCUAUGAGUAUGGUACAGUCAUUCAGGAUGCAGUGGAUAUUCACUACCCUGAGAAUGAAAUGACCUGUAAUUCCAAAAUCAGCUGUAUCAGCUGGAGUAGUUACCACAAGAACCUGCUAGCCAGCAGUGACUAUGAAGGCACCGUCAUCCUUUGGGAUGGAUUCACAGGACAGAGAUCCAAGGUCUACCAGGAGCAUGAGAAAAGGUGCUGGAGUGUUGACUUUAACUUGAUGGACCCUAAGCUAUUGGCUUCAGGCUCUGAUGAUGCCAAAGUGAAACUGUGGUCUACCAACUUGGACAACUCAGUUGCAAGCAUUGAGGCCAAGGCUAACGUGUGUUGUGUCAAAUUCAGCCCAUCCUCUAGGUAUCACCUAGCUUUUGGCUGUGCAGAUCACUGUGUUCACUACUACGACCUGCGCAACACUAAGCAGCCCAUCAUGGUGUUCAAGGGGCACCGCAAGGCCGUCUCCUACGCUAAGUUCGUCAGCGGCGAAGAAAUCGUCUCCGCGUCAACAGACAGUCAGCUGAAGCUGUGGAACGUAGGGAAGCCUCACUGCCUGCGCUCCUUCAAGGGUCACAUCAACGAGAAGAACUUUGUGGGGCUGGCGUCCAACGGAGACUACAUUGCCUGUGGAAGUGAAAAUAAUUCCCUUUACUUAUACUAUAAGGGCCUCUCAAAGACACUGCUGACAUUCAAGUUUGAUACAGUCAAAAGUGUCCUGGACAAGGACCGGAAAGAAGAUGACACAAAUGAGUUUGUGAGCGCCGUGUGCUGGAGGGCACUUCCAGAUGGGGAGUCCAACGUGCUUAUUGCUGCUAACAGUCAGGGUACAAUUAAGGUACUGGAGCUGGUAUGAAGGGUUUUCUCUCAAGGCAUGAGGUACUUGGUCCUGCUGAUAUGCUACAGUAUUCAUCUGGGAACCACAGUGGGACAAGAAACCAAAACCACCUUGAUGUUCCUCCCCAGAAUGAUCAUGUUUGGGUUUUUUUUCCAUUUAUGGACCUCCUAGGACAUUUUGAGACACUGGUAACACCAGUAAACUGUCUGCCAUCAACAUUAACUCCACAGACUUUGCUGCUGGUGGUGGUGGUAUGGUUGUCUGAUUUUUAUGAUAGGAAAACAAAUUCUUUUAAAUAAAAACAAAAAGGAAUAAUAAAAUUUAUUGAGCCACAAGCUGAAGCUGGAAGAUUGUCUUGUUGCAUAAGAGAACAGAUUUACUUGUGAAGGGAGCUUACAGGAGCACACAGGGCUGUCCUCAGUUGCACAUCUCCAGUUACUUUCAUCUGGACUCUUCUUCAUCCCCACUGGAAAAAGCAAGUCUCUAAGCCUUACCUGGACAUGCAAGCAAUCCACUUUGAAAUCCCAUCAUGAUACGAUUCUGUUGUUCCUUUGAUUUAUUAAUUAUUUUUUAGAUGCAUUAUAUGUUGAGAAACGUCACCGAGGUUGACACCACUGGAGACUGAAGUCCUCUAGUCAUCAAGAAGAGAAGGACACCUUCCCUUCCCUCCUCUCCUUAGACCCCUUCCUUGCCCCAAAGGGGCAGUUCCAAAGGAGAGGAUUCAGCUGUCCUCCUGUCCAUGUGGACCACCUGCCACCAGCAAGAUGCUGAGAUGAGGGAGCCUGCAGUUCCUGGCAGCUGGACUGACCUUGCCAAGACAGCGUGGGAUAAAGAUCUGCCUCCCACUGAGCUGGCUGUGUUUGACUGUCUCAGCCAGAGGAGGAAGCUUCUAGAUGCAGUUACCAAAGCCCUGCACCACUCAAUCACCUGUGUGGUCUGGUUGUGUUUGCCCCUCUCUGCACACCAUGGAAGCCAAGCAUCUUGAAUGUUGGAAGGAGAGGGGAUGGAGUUGGUUUGUAAUGUGUUUCAGAGCCAUGAUAUAAGUAGCCUUAUUUUUAAUGGUCAUGCAUACACUUAACUGUACAUAUGGAGGGGAAUAAACCAUGAAGCUGCGA